CGGAACCCCCUUCGUGGUGGGCAAGGAACGCGCUUUGGGAUCGCAGGUAGCUCUGGCAGCAGGUGCCAGUCCCGUCUCACUUUCCUGGGUUCCGGUUCCAGCCAGGUUGCUUCCUAUGAAAUUGGGGGUUAAAGUUUGGGUUUUCCAGAGCUGCCGAAAUGCCUUUCCAUCCAGUGACCGCCGCGUUGAUGUACCGGGGCAUUUAUACCAUCCCCAACAUCCUUGCGGAACAGCAUCCUGUUGACAUACCUGAAGAUGAGCUGGAAGAAAUACGUGAGGCAUUCAAAGUCUUUGACCGGGAUGGCAACGGCUUCAUCUCCAAGCAGGAGCUAGGCACGGCAAUGAGGUCCCUUGGCUACAUGCCUAAUGAGGUAGAGCUGGAAGUCAUAAUCCAGAGACUGGACAUGGAUGGGGAUGGACAGGUGGACUUCGAGGAGUUUGUGACGUUACUUGGCCCCAAGCUUUCUGCGUCCGGCAUCCCUGAGAAGUUCCAUGGCACUGACUUUGACACUGUGUUCUGGAAGUGUGACAUGCAAAAGCUGACAGUGGAUGAGUUGAAGCGGCUGCUUUAUGACACCUUCUGCGAACACCUCUCCAUGAAAGACAUCGAGAACAUCAUAAUGACCGAGGAAGAAAGCCACAUGGGGACCGCCGAGGAGUGUCCGGUGGAUGUCGAAACUUGUUCAAACCAGCAGAUAAGACAGACGUGUGUCCGGAAAAGCCUCAUUUGUGCGUUUGCCAUUGCGUUCAUCAUCAGCGUGAUGCUGAUUGCCGCCAACCAGGUGCUGCGAAGUGGGAUGAAGUAGCCUGGGCAGAUGGAUGGAUGGAUGGAUGGACUUCUUUGAAGA